CUUCCGUUCACCUUUCUCCUCCUUCUCUCACCCGUCGCUAACCUCAUUUUCCUUUCCUCCCCAAUUUCUUGAUUCUCUCUCUCUAUCAACGGACAGAGCAAAGGAACUGGGGAAAAAGGGCGCAGAACAACGAUACAAAACAAACCCUAGGCUUCUCCAAGUUCUCACGUAACCACCGUCCUCUCCCUUGCAUUACCCAUCAAAAUGGACGGCGAAUCGCCCCGCCCCGACGGAGCAAGUGCUGCUCCGGCAGCGGUGGCGGCGUCCGUGCCUUCAGUUCCUCCUGCUUCGGAGCAGGGGGAUGGCGGCCAGGCCAGGUCUCAAUCGCAAGGUGGUGGGGACGAAGAUGGCGGUGACGGAGGAGGAGGGACCAAGGACGAUGACGAGGAAACGAAGAAGGAAGAGGAGGACGAGUUGAUGGACAAGGCGCAGAGCUUGAUGGACAAGAUCACUCCCGUUCCUGACAACCCCAGUCCAGCCGUGCUUCACGCUCUCGCGUCUCUCCUUGAAACUCAGGAAUCUCUAUAUGUGGAAGAAAAUGGCCAUUCUUGUGCUAAUACUACUCGUGCUUCCCAUAAUAUUGGACGUCUAGGAAACUUAGUCCGGGACAAUGAUGAAUUUUUCGAAUUGGUGUCUUCUAAGAUUCUUGCUGAAACCAGAUAUUCAACAGCUGUCCAGGCAGCUGCCGCAAGGCUUGUUAUGGCCUGCUCGCUGACUUGGAUUUAUCCUCAUAUUUUUGAUGAACCCGUUAUGGAGAAUGUAAAGGCCUGGGUGAUGGAUGAGACUGUAAGAUUUCCGGGGGAAGAUCGCAGUUGUAAGGCUGACGCAGUGAAGAGGGAGGCGUCAGAUUCUGAAAUGUUGAAGGCCUAUUCUACUGGGCUUCUUGCUGUAUGUUUGGCCGGUGGUGGUCAGGUCGUUGAAGAUGUGCUAACUUCUGGUUUGUCUAGAAAGCUAAUGUGCUUUCUUCGAAAUCGAAUCCUUGGGGAAAGUAGUACAAGCCAGAAGGAUAGUAGCCACUUGAUAGAAGGGAAAAAUGCAACUUCUGCCACAGGUAACAGAGGCAGAGUACGACAGGUUCUUGAAGCUACUCAUGAUAAUGUGAAGGCGAUAGAUGAGAGUUCUCUAGAAGAUCAAAGUGUUGAUGGAAAUAAUGAUAGAAGCACUGUUACCCAACAAUUGAGAGAAGGACUUGGCGAUGUUGGAGAAUUGCCUUAUAUAUCAGAUGAAGGAAUUGAUAUUCAGGAGGUUGAUGUUAACGGUGGGGGGAGGUUGCAUGUUAAAGAUCCCCAUGAAGGAAAGAAUAGAGCUGGGGACUUGGAUGAGUGUGGAAGAGAUGAUUCAUUGAGGCGAAGGGCAGCCCGCGGUUUAUCAAGACCGAGGGGGAAGGGAAGAGCAAAUGAAGGGGCUCUAGAAAUCGAGCAAGGUUUGACAUCUCCAUGUUCUAAUAGCCGUUCUGGACUUGGGCGGAAUGUUAGGGAUAGGAGCGUGGUGAAAAUUUUGGAUGGGAGAAAGGGAUCAGAAGGAAGGAAGCUCCCAGGAAGCAUGAAUGCUGAUGGAUUUUCCUUGGAAAGGGAGGAAAAUGAUGACUGCUUCAGGGAAUGUUUGGUUGGAACAAAAGACAUAUCUGAUUUGGUAAGAAAAGCUGUGCAAGCUGCUGAAGCUGAGGCCAGAACUGCAAAUGCACCAUCAGGAGCCAUUAAAGCAGCUGGUGAUGCUGCGGCCGAAGUUGUCAAGAGUGCUGCUUUCGAGGAAUAUAAGUCUAGCAACAAUGAAGAAACUGCACUUUUGGCUGCUUCUCGUGCUGCUUCCACGGUGGUUGAUGCGGCUACUGCAGUGGAAAUUUCUAGGCAAGUCGACUGUCUUAAUGAUGUUUUGUUCCUCUCUGUUGACAAAAUAUUUAUCAAUCCUUCUUACUUGCUCGGUGACAGGAGCACCAGCAGUGCUACCAAUGAUUCUGUGGAGCCUGCUAGUGUGGAGAGAGAUGUAAAUGAGGAAACUGAAGAGUAUUUCAUUCCUGAUAUUGAGUCCCUAGCACAAUUGAGGGAAAAAUACUGCAUUCAGUGCCUGGAGAUAUUAGGGGAAUAUGUUGAAGUUCUUGGGCCUGUCUUGCUUGAGAAGGGUGUAGAUGUCUGCCUGUCAUUGUUGCAAUGCAGUUCAAAAAAUAAGGAAACAUCCAAGGCUACGUCGCUAUUGCCUGAUGUCAUGAAGCUUAUAUGUGCACUGGCUGCUCACAGGAAGUUUGCUGCCUUAUUUGUCGAUAGGGGAGGGAUGCAGAAACUGCUUUCUCUGCCACGAGUUGAGCACACCUACUUCGGUCUUUCUUCGUGCUUAUUUACCAUAGGCUCUCUUCAGGUAAUAAUGGAGCGUGUCUGUGCUCUUCCAUCAGAUGUUGUCUACCAGGUGGUUGAAUUAGCCAUUCAACUUCUGGAGUGCUCUCAAGAACAAGCCAGGAAAAAUGCAGCCUUGUUUUUUGGUGCUGCCUUUGUAUUUAGAGCUGUGAUCGACGCGUUUGAUGCUCAGGAUGGCUUGCAGAAGUCACUUAGUCUUUUAAAUGAAGCUGCCUCAGUUAGAUCUGGUGGCAAUUCAGGUUCACUAAACCUCACUGGUUCUGCUGCCCUUCGAUCCCCAGCAGAAGUCCUAACAUCAUCUGAGAAGCAGAUAGCCUAUCACACUUGUGUUGCAUUACGCCAAUAUUUCAGAGCACAUUUUCUUAUGCUGGUGGAUUCAGUUCGCCCGAACAAAAACAGCCGAAGUUUGGCUAGGAACCUACCAAGUGUAAGGGCUGCAUACAAGCCUCUUGACUUGAGUAAUGAGGCUAUGGAUGCUGUCUUCUUGCAAUUACAGAAGGAUCGCAAGUUGGGACCUGCAUUUGCAAGAACUCGUUUUCCUGCUGUAGACAAGUUCCUAGGAUUUAAUGGGCAUAUUACUAUGCUGGAAUUGUGUCAGGCUCCGCCAGUUGAGCGGUAUUUGCAUGACUUGCUUCAGUAUGCUUUGGGUGUCCUUCACAUUGUGACAUUGGUUAAUGAUGGCCGCAAGAUGAUAGUAAAUGCUACCUUAAGCAAUAGCCGUGUUGGCAUAGCUGUUAUUCUGGAUGCAGCAAAUAUUGCUGGUAAUUAUGUAGAUCCUGAGAUUAUACAACCAGCAUUGAAUGUGCUGAUAAACCUUGUUUGUCCACCUCCUUCAAUUAGCAAUAGACCCUCAAAUACAGAGCGUAAUAUUCAAGAUCGAUCUCUUAGCAUCCCCAGCCAGGGUGAUCAAAGGGAGAGGAAUGGUGAGUCGAGUGCAGCUGAUAGAGCGGGCCGCUCCAUUGGAAGUGCUAUGCAAGCAUCUGUUCCUACAACGGCAUCUGGACUGGUUGGUGAUAGAAGGAUAUCUUUAGGAUCUGGAGCAGGUUGUGCAGGGCUUGCUGCGCAGAUGGAGCAGGGGUAUCGGCUGGCUAGAGAGGCUGUACGUGCCAACAAUGGUAUUAAGGUGCUUCUGCAUCUCCUCCAGCCAAGGAUAUAUACUCCUCCUGCUGCCCUUGAUUGUGUACGUGCCCUUGUUUGCCGGGUUAUGCUUGGCUUAGCAAGAGAUGAUACAAUCGCACACAUAUUGACCAAACUCCAGGUUGGUAAAAAGCUAUCGGAAUUAAUACGGGAUUCAGGUGGUCAAACACCUGGAAAUGAACAAGGCAGGUGGCAAGCUGAAUUGGCCCAGGUGGCUAUUGAGCUGAUUGGGAUUGUAACAAAUUCUGGGCGUGCAAGCACACUAGCUGCUACUGAUGCUGCGACUCCUACUCUGAGGCGCAUUGAAAGAGCUGCAAUAGCUGCAGCUACUCCUAUCACUUAUCACUCCAGGGAAUUGCUGCUCCUCAUUCAUGAACAUCUACAGGCAUCUGGUUUGGCCACAGCUGCGGCUACGCUAUUGAAAGAAGCUCAUUUGACACCUUUGCCAUCUUUGUCAGCUCCAUCAUCCCUCGCACUGCAAGCCCCUAUACAAGAGUCUCCUUUUCUGCAGAUUGAGUGGCCAUCGGGACGAGCACCCAGUGGCUUUUUGUCUGAAAAUUCGAAACCAACUGUGCGGAAUGAAGAUCAAUGCAUCAAAUGUGAAUCGGCGUCCAUGUCUUCAAAAAAGAAGCAGCUUCUGUUUUCACCAUCCUUUGGAUCACUAUCAAGAAGUCAACCCCAAGCCAUGGAUUCUAAUCAUCCAUCAUCCAAGAGGUCAUUCAGUUCUUUGAAGCAACAUCCUGCACCUACAGAUAUUGUGGAAAAAGGAGCACUGUCCGAAUCUUUGCCGGAGAUUAACAUUGACAAAGAUUCUGUAUUCAAGACUCCGAUUCUUCUCCCGAUGAAACGCAAGUCAUCAGAUGUAAAGGAUCUCCCGCUGCCCUCAUCGUCGAAGCGGCUCAACACUGGUGACUAUGGUAUUCUCCGUUCGCCAGUUUGCUUAACUCCGAAUACUGGUCGGAAGUUCAGCACGAUUGGUGAUGUGGGCUUUUCCAUUACACCUUUCUCUAAUUUGAGGGACUCGCAUGCUAGGUCAACACCACUCAGUGCUAUGGAUUGCUUAGAUGAAGGUCAAUAUGUUACCUCGGGUCAACCGGAACGGUUAACUCUGGACUCAAUUGUUGUCCAGUAUCUGAAGCACCAACAUCGGCAGUGCCCAGCUCCUAUAACAACUCUUCCACCACUCUCUUUGCUUCACCCUCAUGUCUGCCCGGAACCCAAAAGAUGCCUUGAUGCACCGUCAAACAUUACAGCCAGGAUUGGUACGCGUGAGUUCAGAAGUGUAUAUGGUGGGGUCCAUGGAAACCGCAAGGACCGGCAAUUUGUGUACAACAGGUUCAGACCGUGGAGAACUUGCAGGGAUGAUGCUGGUGCCCUCCUAACAUGUACCACAUUCCUAGGCGACUCUUCCCUCGUGGUUGGUACUCAUGCUGGGGAGCUUAAAAUCUUCGACGCCAACAGCAGCAAUGUGGUGGAGAGUUAUGCAGUCCAUCAGGCUCCUUUGAAUCUUGUUCAGUCACAUCUCUCCGGCGGUACUCAGUUGAUACUGUCUUCAACUUCUCAGGAUGUGUCUCUCUGGGAUGCUUCUUCCAUCUCCGCGGGUCCCAUGCAUACGUUGGAAGGGCUCAAAGCUGCGAGGUUCAGCAAUUCUGGUAACAUUUUUGCAGCCUUGACAACAGAUGCCGCUCGAAGAGAGAUUCUUAUCUAUGAUGUCCAGACCCGUCUAGUGGAUUCCACCCUGUCAGAUACGAAUUCGAGUUCUAAUGGCAGGGGCCACGUGUACUCACAUAUACACUUCAGCCCUUCAGAUACAAUGCUCCUUUGGAACGGUGUCUUGUGGGAUCGCCGGCAAUCUGGUCCUGUUCAUCGCUUCGAUCAGUUCACUGAUUAUGGUGGUGGCGGUUUUCAUCCUGCGGGCAAUGAGGUGAUUAUAAACUCAGAGGUAUGGGAUCUGAGGAAGUUCCGGCUUCUUCGGAGCGUACCAUCAUUGGACCAAACCACUAUAAGCUUCAACGCACGAGGAGAUGUGAUAUAUGCAAUCUUAAGGAGAAACCUGGACGAUGUCAUGGCGGCAGUGCACACCCGUCGUGUGAAGCACCCUCUGUUUGCAGCUUUCAGGACUUUGGAUGCUGUUAAUUACUCGGAGAUAGCAACUGUGCCAGUGGAUCGUUGCGUUCUGGAUUUUACAUCGGACCCUACAGAUUCUUUCGUUGGGUUGAUCACCAUGGAUGACCAAGAGGAGAUGUUCUCUUCGGCUCGAGUUUAUGAAAUUGGCCGGCGGAGGCCGACUGAUGACGACUCUGAUCCGGAUGAUGCUGAAAGUGAGGAAGACGAGGACGACGAGGAUGACGAUGAAGAUGUUGACCCCAUCCUAGGGCCCAGCCUGGAUGGAGAUGGUGACAGUGAUGCAGAUGACUUGUCGAAUGAUGACGAUGACAGCGGGAGUGACUUGGACGAUGACGAGGAUGACGGUGACUUCAUGAUGGAUGAUGUGGACUUUGAUGGAGGCGGUGGGAUUCUGGAGAUUGUGACGGAAGGCGAUGAGGACGACGACGAUGACAGCCAAGUAUUGGAAUCGUUCAGUAGUGGGGAAGAGGACUACAUGGGGAAUGGUUUCCUAUGAGGCGGAAAAUAACAUUAGGAGAUGUGCAGUAUAUGUAAUUACUGGGAAAUUGAUUUUUUGUUCAUUAGUUUUGAGGAGCGAGGUAGGACAAGUAGUGGUAUGAAGUUGAGGUCUUUCGGAAAAUGUAUGAAAAGCGGGCAAAGGAGGAGAGUUGUGGAGAGCAGAUUUUCUCUUCAAGCACAGAAUGGAGAAUUUGUCCCCUUUUGUCUGUUACAGGAUGAAAACGCAUUUGGUUAAUAAUGCAGAGGUGGUGUAGUGCUCCAAUUAGGUAAUACUACUGACAUGAUUGAGAGGCAGGACCGAAAUGCGGAUCCCAUUCGGAGCUAGAGCUGUCAAAAUAUAAUUAGACUUGAGUAAUUCAACUGAUCAACGACUUGCAUGUAACUUGAUUC